UUUUUAACUCCUUGCGGUUACUUCUCAAGAGAGGAGUCGGAGAGAGAUUGAACGAAGCGGUAAAGUUUCUUCGGUAAAUGCAUCUUCCUCGCAGAACUUCAAACAUAUCUUUCUUUCAUUCUGCUUGUGGAUCUUUCUUUGUGUUCUGCUUUUCAUUUCCUGAAAAUUCCGGAUAGCAAUUUUAAUUAGGGUUCGGUUCACAACAUUUUGGGUCAUGCUGAAAAGUUUGAGCUUUAAUAUGAAAAAACUCGUCCCUGAAAAGUUCUUAGUCCCCAUUUUUUACCAGAUGCCAUACUGAUACAUGUAGAACUCUUUUUUUCAACGCCUUAUCCCAGGGACACAACUGUAGUUUGAGAAGAAAUGGACCGAAUAUCGGAUCUGCCAAAAGUUAUACUUCAUGACAUCCUCGGAAGGUUACCAGACAAAGAUGCUGCUAGGACUAGUGUUUUGUCAAAGGAAUGGAGAGAAACAUGGUUUUCAUUUCCCAAAUUGUCUUGUUGCAGCCACAAUUUUUUUAAUUUACGUGACAAAUUAGACAGGUUCAUUCAGUAUGUCAGUAAAAGAUUAACUAGGCUCCAUGACCAAGGCUUAGCAAUCAAAGAAUUUAAGCUCAUGUUAGACCAUGGAUUAGAUUAUGCCCCUGCGUCCUGCCAUAUUGAUCAAUGGAUACAGAUGGCUAGUGAAAGUGGUGUCGAAGUACUAGAGCUUUACCUCCCUGGUAACUUUGCGAAAAGACAUUAUAACCUUCCACUUUGUCUUACUGAAGCCAAGUCACUUACUAAGUUGGUGUUGAGAGAGGGGACUAGACUUGACUCCGCAUUGCUAAACCAUUCGCUCAAGUUUUUCUCAUUGAAAACAUUGUCUUUGCGUCAUAUACUUCUUGAAGAUGAAAGGAUUAUCGAGCAUUUCAUUUCACAUUGUCCUUUGAUUGAGCAUUUAACUCUUCAUUCUUGUUGUUAUGUAUAUAAUAACCCUUCACGUGGAGGAUAUUCAAACUAUUCUAGCACUAUGCCCUCUUUGCUGAGAUCUUUAAGCUUGCAAGGUCUACAAAAGCUGAAGGACGUUGAUAUCCAAAGAAUAGAAGAGGUAUAUAUUGAUGCUCCGAAUCUUGAGAACUUAUGCUAUCAUGGUCAUUGUAAGGUUACACCUUCCAAGCUGAAUUUGGAUAGUUGCACAAAUUUGAGAUGGUUGAGCUUGUGGAAUAUGAGGAUCCCAAACAAGUGGUUCCUUGAACAGUGUUAUAGGAUUCCUUUUCUUGAGAGUUUGAUGUUGCAUAGUUGCUCGUUUGAGCAUGAAAGGAUUAAUAUUCCAGGUCCUGAACUGAAGUUCUUCAGUUUAUCACAUUGCUCUAACUUGAAGGAGGUCAACAUUGAUGCUCCAAAUUUAUUAUCCUGGGAGUAUGUCGGGAAAGACAACCCUGUCAUAUCUUUUUUGAGAAUUUCUAAUCAACUUGAACUCAAUGCUCAUUACGAUAUGAGUGAGAUUCGUCAUAAUCUUUAUAGCUUGAGGGAAUUUGUCCAAAACAUUAAACCCCAAAAGGUUUUGGCAUCUCUUUCUCUUUUUAUCCACGAGUCAUUUUCGAUUACAGAAAUCCUGGGUCUGAGUGUAUUGCAAGUUUCAUCACCUCCUCCAAGUAUUAAACAUGUUCAAUUACAUUUUCCUAUGAAUAUGGAAGCUCGCUAUUUUCCCCUUAUGAAUUGGUUGCUUUCAAGUUGUUUCCCGAAAACUAUUUCAUUCUGCUUGCAAUCUAAAUUUAACAUGAAGGCAUUCGUUGUGUUUUUUUAUGAGAUGCUGAUGGAUAAAAAGAAGCACGGGUACUAUCUCCGUUCAUGGAGCAAGCCGUGUUGUUGGCAUGGGUUGAAGGUUGUAAAGGCCACACAUUUAGAAAGGACUUGUGAAAAUGUUGAAGAUCUUAAGGCCAUGUUAGAUGCAUUGCCAGAAUCCCCUGUUGAGGAAUAUAUCACUUUUGGCUUAGAGUUGUAAUCUUGCCAGACAGGCAUUCUCCAUUUGAGUUUCUUAGAUGUGUGCGCGUAUGCAUUUAUCUUGGUACUUGUGUAUAUAUACGAAGUUAAAUCUUUUUGCUUAACAUAAUCUGCUAGUGACAAAGUAUAUUUGGAUAUCAUUUAUUACAAUUUUCUAGAUUCUGCCAUCAAUUGAAUUCUGGAAUUUCAAUUUAGGCGGAA